AUGUCCGACUCAGAAACGGCGCCUGAAGCGCCACCACCUGGCUCUUCGCAACAGACCCUAACACAACUGGGAGUUGUGCAACACCCGCCUUUUGGCGCGAUGGCCGGGAUAAUGCCUCCUGGAAAACUAGUUACGACUUGGAAUGUGGCGGACAACUGGAAAGUAUGGAAACAAAUGUGGGGCAACUACAUGGUCAUUGCUCAACUCGAGCUGAAACCGCCGGCGUACAAAGUCGCAUUGUUUCUCCACUGUAUCGGUGUUGAUGCGUUAAAGAUUUUUAACGGCUUCCAAUUCGACACUCCAGACGAUAGACAUGAUCUGGCAAAGAUAAUACAAAAAUUCGACGAAUUCACCAUCGGCGAACUGAACGAAACCUUUGAAAGGUACACUUUCAACUCCAGAACUCAACAGGAAAACGAAAGCAUUGAUGCUUAUGUCACCGCCCUUCGCACACUAGCGAAAACAUGCAAUUUUUGUGACUGCAUGCGUGAUUCGAUCAUUCGCGACAGGAUCGUCCUGGGCAUUCAAGAUCACCGCACUCGCAAACGGCUUCUACAAGAACGGAGUCUCACCCUGGCGAAGUAUAUCGAUCUUUGCAAGAGUUCUGAGGAAACAAAUUUGCAAUUGAAAACGAUCUCGGGCGCCCAGAACGAAGAUGUUCACGCUGUGCAAGAUAAACACCCGCCUUCCAGCCGCCGUGAUGACAAGUCUAGGAAAAGCCGCGCGGGGAAGACGAAGACCUGUAAAUUUUGUGGCAAAGCACAUCCUUUCGAAAAAGGAAAGUGUCCAGCGUGGGGCGCGAAAUGUACGAAGUGCGGUGGCAGAAAUCACUUCGCAACAACCUGCACUACUCCGACCAGAAAAGUGUACAACUUGAGAGAUGGAGUACAUUACAAGCAUUGGAGUACAUUACAAGCAUUGUUGCACGACAUUACAAGCAUUGUUGCACGACCGGACAUGAUACACGCUGUUACACAAGAACAUGAUUACCCAAGAAUAAUCUACACUGAGAUGCUUGUGGGCAAGGCAGAAGUGAAAUUUCAAGUAGACAGCGGCGCCUCGGUGAAUGUCAUUUCCGCCGAUCUUGUGGCUGAUAAGAAGCUUAAGCCCACCACAAAGACACUACAAUAG